CUCAAUUUAUCCAUCUUCAAUGUGGACAUGUAAAGACACUCAUCCACCACCUCAGCACUCUUUUCCUUCUUCUCGGCUGGCCUGUGAAACUAGCAGCGAAGAAGCUUGUUAGAGGUACACACAAUUCUCUCAACAAACAAAGAAACAAUAGACAAUCCAAUCCUUCUUACCUCAACAUGAUUUCCGACGACGAUCUGUACUCCCUGGCCAUAUUCCUUGGCUCAACGGCCAUGGUCCUCAUUGUACUUUACCAUUUCUUCGAGGUCAAUUCGCAAGAGGAUAGCACCCUGAGCGAGAAAGCCGCGAAAUCAACACCGGCACAGCAGCCGACAGCAGUGGGAAGGCAACCAGGAGCGACAAAGUGAAGGAGACUAAUAUUAUAAACUUGCGGUCCCAGGCGUUAUAUAAGAUGCGGAACAUCAUCUGGAUGGUUGUUCGUCCAUGUAAUUUGGACGUUCAGGGACGUGACCAAGCCAUGGGUUACUAAGAGCUAUUCUACGAGGGAAUAUUUUCUGAUCAAAUAAUUUGAUCGGUCUUGAUCGGUCUUGAUCCGGAUAUCUGCCAGGGGGGAUUGCAGGAGAUGGACUGCUAGUGUACACUGCUUAAGAGGGUGAUCUUAUGUGUUCCAGAAUGAGCUGGACAGUCUCCAUUUUCCUAGGGACCUACCGGCUUGUAGAAAAGGCUCGUAUUAAGGGGUUACUGGACUACGAUUCGAUUGCAAGUCAUUUAUUCCUUAAACGCCGUAUUCAAAUCCCAUAUACAAUGAAUUCGAUAUUCCGUCUUUUGCAGUGAUUAUGUAUGAAUAUAAGAGAUGUACCUAGGUACUUUAAAUAUUCAGGUUGGAACAAAGCAAC